AUGAUAGAAGUCACGCUCAGGGACUGUUUGGCCAUGUAUGACGGCAGCGCCCCCAAAAAAGAUCACGUGACGACCAUGAAGAGGGCGCGGCAGAACCACUGCCAAAGAUCCUGCGACGCGAGGCGCACGGUGUCUGCACUGCCCCUUAACCUUCGUCACCGGGCGCGCGCCCUGAGCAUACAUAUUGGCAGAUUCCGCAACAAGGGCCAAGCGGCGCCCAAAACAACGCUGUGGUUCAGGAACAGCUUGUGCGCGAGUAGUCGCCGGAGCACUUACUCUCCUGUGCGGCCCGACGAGCCUGCUUCAGCCCGUAGGGACCGGAGGUGCGUGGGCUCCAUUUUGGUAAACAACCGGCUUGGCUCCCUUGUGGUCCGUUCAAUCUCCCGAGCUCUCGUCCGCCAUCCUCCUGUAACGACAAUGUGUGUGGAUGGCGCCGCCCGUCUGGCGGUGGAGGGUGCGCCCUUUAUUUCCUUUUUUUCCUAG